GUUUGCUUGCUAAUAAUCCUAAAAUCCAAAUACAACAGGAUUGAAUCGUCUCUGUUUGUAUGUUAGACAGAGAAAAGCAAGAGGCCAAAACUGACACAUCCUGUUAAAAUCGUAAUAUUCGUUCAGUCGUGUUUGUGAAGAGGUCAAUUUAGUGUAGUUAGUUUCUGCUCAAGCCCGGCCCAGUAAUUCUCUCAUCGACUACGAACGCCACAAAUAAUUGAUGAUAGUGCCAAGGAGGAGAAGUGCAUAUCGUACUUUGCCACAAUGGCUGAAGCGAGGAGUGCUGUAGGAAAGUUACGAGUAUUUCCAGAUUUGGAAGAAGGACGUGAUUCUUGGAAGGAUGUAUACACUGCGAUUCGCAAGUCCCUUGUUCGACGAUUUUUCCGUACUCGAAAUUCAAUUCAUAACGGGACUUGGCCCACAUCGACAAAUAACUUGUCCAUUGUAUUUGCGAUCACUUUUGGAUUACUGUUGGCAGAACCGGUCAAAACCGUCGUGCUCAAUAAAUUGUUAUGGAAUCUUGCAGACGUUCUCCCAAUUCCAGAUGGAACUCCACGAUGGUUUCGAGCCUUCAUAACUGCAUGGGUCGUAGGACUGGUUUUCUUUGUCGUUUUAAUGAAACUAAGACAGUAUGCGUUGCGAGCUCUAUUAUCAUAUCGGGGAUGGCUAUACGAAAAUCUAAAGUCACAGAGUGGGAAGACUGUGCUGUGGGGUGUGUUGGUCAAAAUGAUUUCGGGAUACUCGCCUUCGCUCUACAGUUGCCAACGGUCAUUGCCACGCCUCCCCGUCCCCAACGUGCACCAAACUCUGGUGUUGCUCUUGGACAGUCUGAAACCAUUGUGUACCCAGACUGAGCACAAUGAAUUAAUAGCUGAAGCUGCUGCCUUUGAAAAUAGUGCUCUCUGUAAAAAGCUGCAACGAAUUUUGAUACUAAAAAGCUGGUGGAUGCCUAAUUACGUUAGUGACUGGUGGGAAAAAUAUGUGUACCUAAUGAGCCGAAGUCCGUUGGCCAUUAACUCUAAUUAUUACGGCAUGGAUCAAAGCUAUUGGACUCCAACAAAUAACCAAACUGCUAGGGCCGCCACUAUCAUUUACAAUAUAUUGGUCUUCAAGAGAAUGAUUGAUAGAGAAGAACUCGCUCCCUUGCUGAUUCGUAAUACAAUUCCAAUCUGCAUGUCUCAAUAUGAACGUCUGUUUUCAUCUAUAAGAGUUCCUGGAGAAAAAGUAGACAAGCUGCGACAUUGCGACUCAGCCGACUCAAAGCACAUUGUGGUAAAUUAUCUUGGGAUGUAUUACCGAGUGGAAUGUUAUGAUAUAAAGAAUCAGAUCCUCAGCCCAUCUGCUAUUCAGACGCAGUUUGAAUGGAUAAUGAACCAGGCGGAUUCGGAAUUGAAAAGUGGGGAAGUGUCCGAGGCUGCCAGAAAUAUUGCUGCUUUAACAGCCCUGCCUCGAUCAGACUGGGCAAAAAUAUGGAAGACCAAUUUUAAGAAGGGGAAUAAUAGGAAGUCUAAUUUGUCUAUUGAAAAAGCAAUUCUGCUCGUAGUGCUGAGUGACAAGAGUCCAACAACACUAAAUGAGAAAGGAAAGUUCCUGUUACAUGCAGAUGGCAAAACAUUUUGGUAUGACAAAACCAUUAACGUUGUCUUCUUCAAAAACGGUUACUGCGGACUCAACGUUGAACAUACUGCAGCCGAUGCUCCUGUGAUGGGACAUGUGUGGGAAUCUUCUUUAACUAAAGAAAUAACCGAAAAAUGGUACACAGAAGAUGGACAAUGUAUGCCAAUGCCAAAAUCAUUUCGUCAAGCUCCUACAAUUAAGCCUGUCAGAUUGCUUUGGAGUGUGACAUCAGAACUUGAAAACGAAAUUAACAAGGCACUUCACUUUGCUGAAGCGAAUAACGAGGACCUCGAUCUUGAAAUAGGAGAUCAUGCAAAAUGGGGCAAGGGAUUGAUAAAACGAUGUAAAAUUAGUCCUGAUGCUUUCGUGCAGAUAGCAUUACAAUUGGCAUAUUAUAAGGAAGCCAACUGUUUUGCACAAACCUAUGAGGCCAGUAUGACUAGACUCUAUCUGAACGGUCGUACAGAAACAGUGCGCUCAUUGUCACAAGAGAUGGUGGAUUUUGUAGAGGCAAUGAUAAAGGAUAAUAUAUCAAAGGAAGAAAAGAUCUCAUUGCUUAAUAAAGCAGCUGAUAAGCAUCAGCAACUGUACCGAGACGCUAUGAAUGGGAAAGGUGUGGAUCGUCAUCUCUUCGCUUUAUACGUCUGUUGCAAAGGCCUCAAUCAUGAAUCUGCAUUCCUUGAGAAAGUUUUAACUCGGCCUUGGACUUUGUCUACCAGCCAACAACCGCAACAACAGCUUCUCCAUGUGCCUGAUUCAAACUUACCAUUAUUUCAAAACAAGGUAUCGCCUGGCGGAGGCUUUGGACCUGUCUCAGAUUUUGGCUAUGGGGUCUCGUACAUGCUCCCAUCAGAUCAUAAAAUAUUUUUUCACGUCACGUCGAAACAUUCCUGCCCGAAGACGUCUUCAAAACGAUUUUUAAGACAUAUAUUCGAGAGUUUAAACGAUCUGAGGAAACUGUUUGAUUUAGAAGUAAUGUGACGAAUAUGUUGCACAUUUUUAAUAACUUUUUAACUUGCGUAAAUUAGAAGGAAAAGUAGGGUAACAACAAAUUUAGUUCUUGUCAUUUUAUGUGUUACUUUAACUGGUCAUUUACAACCUUCAUUGUGUAAUGUUACCAACCCCGGUUUUUACUCUUUACUCGCUCAAGAAUAACCAACACGAACAAAAGUAUAAGAUGCAUGUACCUCUUAAAUAUACAUACUUGUUUUAGACUAUUAUGUGAUUGUUUGAAUACGCGUUUGUUAUACUUAAAAAAUGCAAUGUGUUUCUGAAAGUAAUCUCAUUUCUUUAUUUGUUAUUAUUGAGCUAGAAAAAAGAUGCUGCACCAAUAAUUUUGUUCAUCUUUUCUGAUUUUAGUUUACCGUUGAAUUACUUAUUUUAUUUAUCUAUUUAUGAAACAAUACAAUUCUUGUUUUUUGUGUGCACAUGAAAAUAAAUAUUACCAAUAAAA